CCAUUUUCGCUCGCGGCAUCGGCCACGUCUCAACUUCAUGGCAGAUGCAUGUUCGUGUUUAGAAUCCUGUUGAUGCAACCACAACGAUAGUUUGGUACUGGCGACAGUGGACACGGUGAACAAUCAACGGUAACAAGAUGCCUCUGAAAUUAGACAUCAAGCGGAAGUUGACGGCCAGAUCGGACAGGGUGAAGAGCGUAGAUCUCCAUCCGACCGAGCCAUGGAUGCUGUGCUCUCUAUACCAGGGCAACGUCAACAUCUGGAAUCACGAGACGCAGACUCUAGUGAAGACGUUCGAGGUGUGCGACUUGCCGGUGCGAACAGCGAAGUUUGUGCCGCGCAAGAACUGGGUGAUCACAGGCUCCGACGACAUGCAGAUUCGUGUGUUCAAUUACAAUACCCUGGAACGCGUUCAUUCCUUCGAGGCACACAGUGAUUAUGUCAGGUGCAUAGCCGUGCAUCCGACGCAGCCGUUUAUACUCACAAGCAGCGAUGAUAUGUGGAUAAAAUUGUGGAACUGGGAAAAGUCUUGGAUCUGCCAGCAAGUAUUCGAGGGUCACACGCACUAUGUAAUGCAGAUCGUGUUUAAUCCAAAGGACAAUAAUACCUUUGCCAGUGCAUCUCUUGACAGAACCGUCAAAGUAUGGCAACUUGGCUCGCCCACAGCCAAUUUCACUUUGGAGGGUCACGAGAAGGGCGUCAAUUGUGUGGAUUAUUAUCACGGUGGUGACAAGCCGUACCUGAUAUCAGGGGCCGACGACAGAUACGUCAAGAUAUGGGAUUAUCAGAACAAGACCUGCGUGCAAACUCUUGAGGGUCACACGCAGAACAUCUCCGCCGUGUGCUUCCAUCCGGAACUGCCGAUCGUUCUCACGGCUUCGGAGGACGGUACCGUAAGGAUAUGGCAUGCGGGAACGUACAGAUUGGAGUCCUCUCUCAACUACGGUUUCGAAAGGGUGUGGACCAUAGCAUGCAUGCGUGGCUCGAACAACGUCGCGAUCGGAUAUGACGAGGGUAGCGUUAUGGUGAAGGUCGGUCGUGAGGAGCCAGCCGUCUCUAUGGACUCGCUAGGUGGCAAGAUCGUGUGGGCCCGCCACAGCGAGAUUCAGCAGGUGAACCUAAAGGCAUUGGGCGAAGAGGCGCAGGACGGAGAGCGACUUCCGUUGGCCGUCAAGGACAUGGGCGCCUGCGAAAUAUAUCCGCAGACUAUACAACACAAUCCGAACGGGCGAUUCCUGGUGGUCUGUGGCGACGGCGAAUACAUCAUAUACACGUCGAUGGCGUUGAGAAACAAAGCGUUCGGACAGGCGUCGGAAUUUGUAUGGGCGGCGGACUCUAGCCAGUACGCGGUGAGGGAGAGCAACACGACGGUGAAGGUCUUCAAAAACUUUAAGGAAAAGAAAAGCUUUAAACCAGAUUUCGGAGCUGAUGGCAUCUUUGGUGGAUUUCUAUUGGGCGUGUCGUCCGGAUCUGGCCUUUCCUUCUUUGACUGGGAUACGUUAAAGUUGAUCCGUCGCAUUGACAUACAACCCACGCACGUGUAUUGGGCCGAAAACGCCUCGCUAGUGGCACUAGCUACAUCAGACCAAUAUUUUAUACUGAAGUAUCAGGCGGAUGCUGUCGCUAAUGCAACGGAAAACAGUGAGGAUAUUGAAAAUGCGUUCGAGAUGAUAGCAGAAAUGAACGAAGUAGUGAAAACUGGUUUGUGGGUCGGCGAUUGUUUUAUCUAUACUAACAGCGUUAAUCGCGUUAAUUACUUUGUCGGCGGCGAAGUGGUCACCGUGUCCCAUCUGGACAGACCGAUGUAUUUGCUGGGAUACGUACCGAGGGACAACAGAUUAUAUCUUUGCGAUAAGGAACUCUCUGUCGUCUCGUACUCUUUGUUACUAUCAGUCCUAGAGUAUCAGACCGCAGUUAUGCGUAAAGAUUUUGAAACUGCCAACAGAGUAUUGCCAACAGUUCCGAAGGAACAUCGAACACGAGUAGCUCACUUUUUAGAAAAACAGGGUUUCAAAGAACAAGCUCUGGCAGUGUCGACAGAUCCCGAGCACAGAUUCGAGCUAGCGCUCGCGCUAGGAAACCUCGCGACCGCGCACACUCUCGCCAAGGAAGCGAACAGUCAGCAAAAGUGGCGGCAAUUGGCGUCACUCGCCACGCAGAAAGGGAAACUCUACUUAGCGCAGGAAUGUCUGCAUCAAGCACAAGAUUUUGGUGGUUUGUUGUUGUUAGCCACCAGCACGGGUAACGCGGAUAUGAUACAGAAACUCGGCGCAGUAGCAGACGACGGAGGAAAGAACAACAUUUCCUUCUUAUCAUACUUCAUAUUGGGUGACGUGGACAAGUGUCUCGACAUUCUGAUCAAGACGGACAGAAUUCCCGAGGCCGCGUUCUUCGCUAGAACGUACGCGCCCAGUAAAAUUUCCUCCAUCAUUAAAUUGUGGAAGGAAAAACUAUCUGCGGUGAGCGAGAAAGCCGGACAGAGUUUAGCGGAUCCUGAACAGUAUGAGAAUCUCUUCCCCGGAUAUAGAGAAGCCCUAAAGGCAGAAAAGUUUCUGCGGGAAGAAAGCAAAAAACAAAUUCCAGCUUCAGCAUUUCCUACUGUCACACCUAAUAUCGAGCGGAAACCAUUAGAGGAAAUGUUAGCCGCCGAGCAGUCAGGCGUGUUUCAAUACAAGGGCGUGAGUGGUACUUCCGAGAUCGAUGAAAUAGCAACUAAAGCAAUGAUCGACAGAUUACAUGAUCUUUCGAUGUCAAAUAUGAAAGAGGAUACUUCCUUAAGUAAAGCAACAACGUCCACCGUGAAGCAAGAAGUACCUGAGAAAGCUCACACGACAAAGCUCACAAGUAGUUCCAGACCUCUCACAGUGGACGAUGAUGAUCUAGAUAUUGACCUGGAGAUUGAUGAUAAUAUCGAUACUACAGAUGUCAAUCUCGAUGACGAACUUCUCGAGGAAGAUUAACCGUUGAAAUAGAAGAUGAAUGGGGUACAUCCAUCGUACUUUUAUUCUCUUUCUGUCGUCAGUCAUUCCCUGCCCACAGAAGAAAAGAAAACGAGUCGUUAUAGAAAAUCAAGUAUUAAAAUUAUAUAAAACUUAUCCCUGUGCGCAAAUAUGUUUAUAUCGCUAUUUGAAUUAACGAAGAUGCAGCGCGUAUUUGCCGGUUGUCAUCACCGAUUAAAAGUUAAAUAUAUUGUUAAUAUAACGGAAAACAUAAUAUGUGCUUCUACAGCGU